GUUUAAGGGAAAGAAUUUAUAAAAAAAGUGUAAACGAAAGAUACGAAAUUUGUUUUGUACAUAUUACAAAAAUUUACUAUUAAUUUUAAAUUGGCCAUGUUUCAUUUAAAGCAUUAAUAUUCAAUAAUUUUUUAACUCAACAAAUCUUUAAAAUUAAAUUUAAAUCCUUUUGAAAUUCUAAAAAACCACAAUGAGUGCAAUAGCUAGUGCGGCAGGCGGUAUUGUGGGCGCUGUCACCGCUGCUACUAGCACCUCAUGGUUUGUGCCCAUGCUAGUGGCAGCCAUUGCUUACUUUCAAUAUGAAGAAAUCAUGGAUCCAGAAUCAAGACCCAACGAUACACCCGGUGAUGAAAUAAGAGAUCAUUAUGAUUUUAUUAUAAUAGGAGCUGGUUCGGCGGGUUCGGUAGUGGCGAAUCGUUUAACGGAGGUGGAAAAUUGGAAUGUUUUAUUGCUGGAGGCGGGUGGCGAUGAAACGGAAAUAUCAGAUGUACCCUUAAUGGCUGGCUAUUUGCAAUUGAGUAAAAUGGAUUGGAAAUAUAAAACGGAACCAACGGGAACCUCAUGUUUGGCUAUGAAUGGUGGUCGCUGCAAUUGGCCUAGAGGCAAAGUUUUGGGAGGUUCCAGUGUUUUGAACUACAUGUUAUAUCUGCGAGGCAGUAAGCAUGACUACGAUGCCUGGGAGACACAGGGAAAUACUGGUUGGGGCUAUCGAGACGCCUUAUAUUACUUCAAAAAAUCAGAAGACAACACAAAUCCCUACUUGGCUAGUACACCUUAUCACUCUACCGGAGGUUAUCUAACCGUAGGCGAAGCUCCCUAUCACACUCCUUUGGCGGCUAGUUUUGUAGAGGCUGGUGUGGAAAUGGGUUAUGAAAAUCGUGACUUGAAUGGUGAGAAACAAGCUGGUUUUAUGAUAGCCCAGGGUACUACUCGUAGAGGCAGUCGUUGCAGUACAGCUAAAGCCUUUUUGAGACCAGCUAGACUAAGGCCCAAUCUGCACAUAUCCAUGAACUCUCAGGUGACACGCAUAAUGAUAGAUCCCGUUAGCAAAUUGGCUUUUGGUGUGGAGUUUGUUAAAGAACAAAAAUUAUACCAUGUAAGGGCUAAAAAGGAAGUUAUACUGUCGGGAGGUUCAGUGAAUUCUCCACAAAUCUUAAUGUUAUCUGGCAUAGGACCCAGAAAAGAGCUGGCAAAACAUCGUAUACCUGUUAUCAAGGAAUUGAAUGUGGGUGAAAAUAUGCAGGAUCAUAUUGGUUUGGGAGGUUUAACCUUCUUGGUAAAUCAACCGGUGUCCAUAGUGGAAAGUAGAUUCCAUUCCAUGUCCACGGUAUUGCAGUAUGCGGUAUUUGGUCAAGGGCCAUUGACUAUAUUGGGCGGCGUGGAAGGUUUGGCUUUUGUCAAUACCAAAUAUGCCAACAAAACUUUGGAUUGGCCAGAUAUAGAGUUUCAUUUUGUGUCCGGCUCUACCAAUUCAGAUGGCGGUAAUCAGCUGAGAAAGGCUCAUGGUUUAACAGAUGCUUUCUAUCGGGCCGUUUUCGAAAAGAUAAACAAUCAUGAUGUUUGGAGUAUAAUACCAAUGUUGCUAAGACCUCGUAGCAAGGGUGUUAUUAAACUGAGAUCUGGUAAUCCCUUUGACUAUCCCUAUAUAAUUCCCAACUACUUGACAGAUGAUUUGGAUUUAAAAACUUUGAUUGAGGGUGUUAAGGUGGCAGUAGCUCUUUCUCGCACCCAAGCUAUGCAAAGAUUUGGUUCACGCUUAUCGGCCAUUAAAUGGCCGGGUUGUCAACAUUUUCAAAUGUUUACAGAUCCCUAUUGGGAGUGCAUGAUCAGGCAUUAUACAGUCACCAUUUAUCAUCCUGUGGGCACCUGUAAAAUGGGUCCCUAUUGGGAUCCCGAGGCAGUGGUUGAUCCCCAGCUGCGUGUCUAUGGCAUUAGAGGUCUGCGUGUCAUUGAUGCCAGUAUUAUGCCCAAUUUGGUGAGUGCCAAUACCAAUGCUCCUGUUAUUAUGAUUGCAGAAAAGGGUUCCGAUAUGAUUAAAGAAUUUUGGAUUAAGAAUACAGUCAUCUAAAUAAAUACUUAGUGGUUAAGUUAAGUCACUAAAUCUUAAUUUUAUAUUAGUUUAAUUGUAGUUAUUUCUAGCAUUAUUCGAAACCAAAUUAUAUCUUUUUUAGAGUGCCUGUGUUUGUAUUUUUUAAAAGAAAUUUUUCAUUUUAAGUUUUUUUUUUCUAAGUUAGUUAUAAUAUUUAUUACAAAGUUUUGCUUCUAAGAUUGUAAUUUUUAUUUUAAGCGCAAUUGAUUAAUUGAUUUUUUUAUAUAUAAAAAUACACUUAAUUAGAAAUUAUAAAUUAAAUAAAAUAGAGAACUAAUUUAAGAUUAA